AAACCAGUAAGAAACCCUUGAACUAUAAAUCAUCCCCAGUUUAGAGUAAAUUUUCCAAAAGAAGAAAUCGUAUUUUCCGAAAUGGAGAGCGACGAGGGCGAGGGCGAGCGACCAUCGACGUCGGGGGCGUCGCGGUUCAAGGGCAUGACCAGCGGAUCGGAGAUCGGAAUCGGAAUGUCGGCCAUCCUGGGCUACGCCCAAUCGGAGUACUCGUUGGACACCUCCUCGGGGGCACUUGAAGUCGCCGGUCGGCGGCACCAUGAGAGCGAGAACGACGGGAAUGCCACCGACGAGGAGGUCGAGAUCUGCAUAACCCGCCUCAAUUUCCUGCCCGAUCGGGCCAGGCGGCUGUACAUGGACUGCCAGCUCUCGCUUCCGGCGGGCGGAAGUGUGCCGAUGCGCGGCGGGGCAGAGACCGUUUCCGUUUCCGCCGCGGAGAGCAGCAGUUCGCCGGAAGUGCGCUACGAGCGACAGAGGAACACGGCCGCCGGGGUGCAAAAGUACUGGCGCCUACAGAAACUGGCCUUCGCCUGUCCCCUCGGCAACUGCGAGGUGGUGGUCAAUCCCGGCAAUCUCCUGAGCCACUGCCUCAUGUCGCACGAGGAUGUGAUCAGCGUGGAAAUGAAGGUGGGCGAGGCCAGGGGCCUAAAGCUCAUGGGCAAAUCCCUGCCGGAAUCUCGGGUCAAGAGCCAGUGCGUGGGUCUGCUGAUCUACGAGAGCGGCAGGCAGGUGGCUCUCAACUCCAAUCUGCCCAGGAUCUACACCGACUGGGAGUGCCGUCUGCCCGUCCUCGUAAUGCUGUGGAAGACCUCCUGGGACUCCAUGCCCGGCGGUCCUCGGAUCACUCAUCUCUACGUCCUCUGGCUGCUCUGUCCCCAGGCCCAGCCGCCCCUGCAGGUGGCCGUGUCGACGGGAGCCGGUCUUCCGGGAGCACCCCGCCGCCAGGUUAUCCACACCUGCUCCGACUCGGAAACCAUCGAGAAGUGCGACCUGCUCUCCGACAGCCCGCUCUACAUGCGGUUCACCCACCGCGAGAUGAAGGAGUACACCGGGGACUACACGCAGGACAUCGAGCUGCAGCUCACCAUACACGAGGAUGAGGCGGUGGUGGCCCCCAGUUCUCUGCAAUCCAAGAAGGACGAUCCCAUGGUGCCAAAUGAGGAGCAGGCCACAGUGGAAAUAGAGGUGAUCGCCGACAUUGAGGUGUUGCCAAGUGAGGAGACAUUUAAGGAGGAGCUUGCCUUGGAGAAGGCUGAAGAACCCAUUGAAGAACCCACUGAGGAACCCACUGAAUAUUGCUCUGAAGAGUGCUCUGAAGGUUGCCCUGACAAUUCCACUAGAGAUCCCGCAGAAGUCGCAUAUCAAUCCCAGUAAAAUCGUGCUUUUAUUUCCAUUUUAUUCACCUGCAAUUUUCUAAAUUGUUUGCCUCAUCUUGAUAUUGUUUAACAAAUUUUUCCAAACGAAACUUUGUAUUCAUUUUAAAUGAAACCCAAAAUUAAGCCAGUGUCGGAAAUAAAGCAGCAACAAUUA